GAAGAACAGAUGAUUUUCCUGGCAUGAUAGCGGUGCUCUGAAAGGUGGCAAGCGACUGAAAGAGGAUCCAUGAAGAAUGAGAGCACAGGACACACACACAGACUGAGGACAAACAGGGGACUACUCAUCUCAGCAAGGUACACAGGAGACAGCGGCAUAUACAGGUAUUAAGAUCCAAACACUCCAACAGAUAAUGUGACAACAUUAGAGACUAAAACAAGAUGAUGGAAAGACAUAACGGAAAUAUGCCACCUUUUAAAGCAGGCAAGCUUCCGUACUCAGUGGAAACCCCGUACGGUUUUCGUCUCGACUUGGACUUCCUGAAGUAUGUAGAUGAUAUUGAGAAAGGUAACACCAUAAAAAGAGUCUUCAUCCAGCGCCGAAGCAAAGGCCCUCGGGCGAACACUCUUCCUCGGCACCUUCACCCCUCUGGCUACCGUCCAAGCCCUUGGGGGUCGACCGGGGCUCUUGGUCCCAGGUCUCGACUGCCUGAUGACCAUCAUCAUGCCGCUUCCUGGUUGCGUGAUUACAGGAAGCCCGUUUCUCCGAGAGGUUUGGCAGAGAUGGAGGCCAAAAUCCGAGAUUUCGACGAGCAACCUUUGGGUGAGCAUAUCCGCCCUCAUCUCCUCCGAGCCUCCAGUCUGCCACUUACAGUGUUGUUGAGACAAGGAUCUGAGUCAACGGACGAACUCGGCAGUCUCCGAAGUUCAAGGGAUCACCUUGGAGGCAGGAACAGCUCUUGUGAAGACAUCUUUGACUCCUCAGACAUCCCUCGCAACCAGGACUGUUCAGGCCUGUUGAGGCGCCUGACAGAGGCUCUAGACCACGUGGAGGAGCUGGAGAGGGAGGUGCAGGUCAUUCCAGACCUCCGAGCUCAGAUCAGUGUUCUCCAGGAGGAAAAAGACAGGCUGCGCUCACAUAGUCACACGCCCUCUUUGAAUGGGACCAGCGCCCACUAUGUCACUGCAGACAAGAAAAGACCACGGCAUGAAAGCUGCAUCGUGCUUGCUGGUAAUCACGGCAGCGUUCAAGAACCUAAUCCGACACAUGAGUGGAGGGCGAGCACGGACCUGGAUGAGCUGCUGACGGUGACGUCCCUCCAGGCCAAAGUAGCGGUGCUGGAGCAGAAGCUUCAUGAGGCCGAGCUGGAACUUCAGAGGGUGACAGGGAGGCUGAGACAGCAGCAAAAGGAGGGCAGAAGCCAAGAUGAACAGAUUGAACAUCUUAUCGCAAAUCCUGGGGUGUGGGUUCGUGCAGAGAGGGUGGUGCUAGACCAGGAGGGGGAAGAGAUGAGCGUUAUCGCAAAUGGAGAACGCUCUCAGCACAAAGAUGAUGUCCUUGAUUCCCCUGAAAGCAGUCAGCAUGCUUCUGCUCACACUUUAGACACAUCGGUGGUCAUCCACCACAUAAAUAAAAUCAAACAGCUCCUAGAUCAGCAGUGGGAGUGUUUGAGUGCAACAGAGGAAGAGACACCUGGAGAGCAGAUUAGCCCGAGAGUUAUCUCCGUGCAGCAGGAAAUGAUGGAACUCAUCGACAUCCUUACCUCUCACUACACACAGUCUGGACGCAACGGUGGAGGCAGCAUUCAACACAGAGGCGGGGAAUGCAGCAUGAAGACUGACAGCGGUACUCGGACUCCAAAUGCUGCUGCUGAAGGAUGCCAAAUAACAGCUUCCAGCGACAAUCCAGUCGGGCGGAGUUCUGUGCAGCACAUUGCUCAUGGUGAUUUGCACCAGGAUGAGAGCAGCAUCAGGCUUUGGGAAAUGGCUGCGACCCAAGUGGAUGCAGACCCAGAAACGACAGGGAUGGAGGAAAAGAGGGAAAUGAGCCGAGACGAGCAGAUGAUAUCGCAAGGAAUUGGAUCGGAGUGGACAGAUGGAGGGGUGGCAUCUGUCGAAGCCGAGGCUGCGGUGGAAAUGGCCAAGAUGAAACCGCUGGCCCCAGGAGAACACAUGGAGGGGAACUCUGGCUCCAAAACAACCAGAGGCAGUGAGGCAGUUAGUGCAGAUUUUAUGGCUGCCUGCCAGUUCCUCAACGAUCACAUGGACAGCAUAGAGAACCCUACCCACGACACAACCGAAUCGUCUUUGUUGCAGAGGAAGGCCCUGGUUGUGGUCUUCCAGGAGUGGUUUAGUGCAGCAGCAGAGGAGAAUUCAGUGGCCAGUACGGUGGCUGUUUACCUGAGGGAGGUAAAGACGGCAACACCUUCACUAAUGGCCUUCCUCAUCAACCUGCCUGAUGAUAAUGGCAACACAGUUCUGCAUUACAGUGUUUCCCACAGCCACUACAGCAUCGUCAGUCUGCUACUGGACACAGGAGUGAGCGACGUUAACUUCCAGAACAAAGCGGGUUACACCGCAGCGAUGCUGGCCUCUUUGACAGCGCCUGACAACCCUGGUGACAUGGAGGUGGUCCGCAGGCUCAUGGAGCUUGGCGACAUUAACAUCCGCUCCUGCCAGACGGGCCACACAGCUUUGCACUUGGCUGUGAGACACGGGCGAGUUGUGAUGGUUCGCUUGCUGCUGAGCUGUGGAGCAGAUGCCAACAUCCAGGACGGUCAGGGAACCACAGCCCUCAUGUUUGCGUCCGAGAGGGGCCACACGCACAUCGCAAGGCUGCUACUGGAGAGGACUCAGUGCGAUCUUAGCCUGACUGAUCAGAGUGGUCGCACUGCACUCAGCAUCGCCAUGCACGGCUCCCACGGCGACACAGCCGCCCUGCUGCAGGCCCACGCCAAGGCUCGGGCGCUGUAGCGAUCCAGUGGAUAGCUGGAUAAGAAGACACCCAGCAUGACGCUUGAAGCCACAUCUUCACCUUCUUUGACCACUUGCCUCGUGACGUUGAGGCGUUUUUGCUCAGUUUGCAUUUGCUAGAGUUGCUACGUGAGUGUUGAUUGUUACGACUGAUGCAAGUGGCGUCUCAGUAUGAUUUUUUGGGGGGUGAUUUUACCCACCAGCAUGUUUUUUGUUGUAUUUUUUUCAGCUGCUGAGCAAUUUUCCACUCUUACAUACACAAAAAUGCAAUCUUGUGCAACACACCCCUCUGAAGCCAGCUUAACUGAGAUAAAUGUGACGCGUUCAAACAUUCACAUCAACGCGGUCCACUCAUUCAUCAGAUUCUCUGCUGCAAGGACACAGAUGGCCAGCAGGUGGCGCACCUCCGUUCCCAGCAUUCAGCCCCGGCAGCCAAUCAAGCGUGACACCCACGAGGAGAGCAACAGCAUGCAGGAAGUGAGCAUGAAAAAGGGGAUUUGAUGCAACCUCAUUCAAGUGUGACAAACGAUUAGAAAUAUGACACCCAACAAAUUGUUAACACUUCAGCGGAGGAGAUUUGUCUGCUUUGCUUCGAAGUGGGGGCCACCAAAAUACGAGACACCGCUCAGUACACCGUUUACAUAAUGCAACCCCAAUGAUAAAUAUUGCUAAGCCCUGUUAAAUUCAAUAAAUACAAAUGUCAAUAAAAACCUUUUUUUUUUACACA